AUGUCGAGCAGACAGCUAAGAAAACUUCAGAAACAGAAAGAGCUAGAAGAGCUCCAAGCGAAGAAUUCUCUCGAGGACGAUGACGAACCGAGUGAUGAUGACCGACCCGUCCAGAAACCGAGAGCAGGCGCAUUUUCCGGGUUCGCAGCGCUUGGGGAUCAAGAUGAUCAGGACGAGGAUUCCGACCAUGACGCGAAGGAAGACGAAUUAGUAGAGGCUACAACAAAACCAAGUGUCGAGCCUGACCGUACCGAUGCGCCUAAGAGUUCGUCGAAGAAGAAUAAGAAAAAGAAGAAGAAGGCUAAGAAGCAAGAUGGCACUCCUGCCAAGACUGAACCCAUUGCGCAAAGCGGACCAGAUGAAAUCGAUCAGGCACUAAAGGAGCUCGAACUUUCCAACCCUGGACAAGAAAUCGAAGAUGAUUUUCAACUGAAAAUUGUCAAACCUUACGAACGAAUUUGCGAACUCCUAAGCAUCAAUGCGUAUCACCUUAGAGUAAUCAAUGAGAUGAGCAACCUAUUUGGUCGAGAAGCUAUCGCUGCCGCUCAGAUCGAGGAGCAAGAACAGGCGCGUACUAGAAGACAAAGACAGCCGUUACCCCAGCAAGUUGACCUAGAAACCUACCUUAAGGGGGUACCGGGAAAGGGCUUGCCUGAAGUAACGCUGCGACGGAACCCCUUUUUGGCUGGCAAGGAAACAUGGCCACGUGCUUCUACGGAGGGCCUGACUAUGGAACAGUUCAAGGAGGAAAAGGAAGGAGUGGCUUGCCUGCCAGGCACUAUUGAGUUCCGCUUUGCGCAUGAUUCAUAUACAACAGGUUGGAAAAUGCGUUCUUUGAACUCGUACAGAUACUUAUGCGAACGAGCUCUUUUCACUUUCGGCCGCGUCUCGCUAUCGACUUUUCGACAGAAGAUAGAGCAGGGGAAAGCGAGAUUAUCGUUCAACCGCCCGGAGAACCGCCAGUUUUGGUUGGCUGGAUAUCAUUACCUUAAGAAUCUAAUCAUGAAGGGCACCUACAGAACGGCACUAGAAUGGGCGAAGCUUUUACUUAGUAUAGAUCAUACCGAUCCGUACGGGGUUAUCCACUUUAUCCACCCACUUGCCAUACGGGCACGCGAAUCCAAGUGGUUCAUUGACCUUUGCGAUUCGGAGAUCUUAGAUGUAAAUCAUGCGGCACAAGAUGGCCAAGAUUACAUUAGACAGACCCUCGUACUGGCUAGACUUCAGCAGAAGGAUACGGCUGGCGCUAAAGCAUUGUUGGUUGAAGGCAUGGAGCGCUUACCUUGGUUGUAUAGCUAUCUCUUUAAAGCGCUCAACUUAGAUGUUCCCAAAGCCAUAUGGGGCACGCAGCCGCGCAACCGAGACGAGGAGCUUCAUACAAACGUCUACAUCCAUCAGACAAAGCCAUUAUGGGAUAAUACUCAAGCGAUAUCUCUCCUGAAGGAGGUAGCGGGUGAGGCGAAGAGGGCGGACGUCAACAAACCGUCCCCGUUCCCGUCCCCGCCUACGGUUGGAGUUAAUAUUGCACGAUUUGUCUUCCUAUUAGAGAUUCCCUCUUUGAUAGGAUUGGUGCCGCGCGACUUGCUAAAUACGUCAGUUAAUUGGGAAUUUGACCCACUCCCACCCCCUCUCGAGCAAAACGUCUUCUCGUAUGAUUCGCAGAAGCAGCCGUGGACUCCCUCGCAACUUGAAGAUCGACUGAGGGCCGGCCUCGAGCAAGGGGAUCGCCGACAGCUUAUGCGAAUAUUGGCCCAGGCAAGACUGGCCGGUGCACCUGAGGAUAUUCAAGCGGAUCUCGAACGGGCCAUCUUGGAGGAGGCUGACGGCGGAGGUGGAAAUCACGAUGAUGGCGGUGGUGAUGAUGAUGGCGAAGUUAGUGAGAAUGCAUCUGAAGAAGGCGGAUCUCAAAACGAAGCUUCUCUUGGCCGCUGGUCAACAAUCUUUCAGGCUGUCAUGAACCUGUUCGAUACGAACGAAGGUGUUGCCGAUAAUUUCAAUAUGCCCAACGAGCCUUUUGGGCACAUACCUGGCACUAUGCCCGGAACAUGGCAGGAUGAGGACUCAGUCGAAGAGGAAACAGAUGACGAGAUGCCUCCUUUGAUACCCCCGGGAAACUCGACUAAUCCUAGAGGGCCUGGAAAUGGAGCGGAUGAUACUGGUAAUGGAACGGACGACGAGAUGCCAAGAUUAGCGUAA